AUGCCCCAGUUGACGGAACAAAACAAGAAAGACUUGGAAGCCGCAUUCAAGAUAUUUGAUAUCAACGCAGAUGGCACCAUCAGCAAAAACGAGUUAGCCACUGUAAUGCAAAAACUUGGCCAGAAUCCUACCAACGCUGAAAUAGAAGAGUUGAUUAAGUCUAUGGAUUGCAACGAAAACGGGAGGAUCGAGUACCGAGAGUUUUGUGACCGCAUGAGUAAACGAGGUAUCAAGACACAGGAAGAGGAGUGUAAUGAAGUUCGUGCAGCUUUCAGCUUCAUUGACCGGGAUAAGAACGGCUUCAUCACAGCGCCGGAGCUUAAAAUUAUUGUAACAAAUUUUGGAGAGCGCAUGACGGACGAGGAGGCAGACGCCAUGAUAGCGAAAGCAGACACCAAUGGUGACGGUCGCAUCAACUAUGUAGAGUUUGCGAAGAUAAUGACCAAAAAACAAUAA